UCGCACCCAGACGCAGUCACACAGCAGCUCUUCAGAGGAAUCAGUCCGCACGAAUAGCAGCCAAGAUGGUCACCGAGCCCCGCCCCCGUUAGAGAUGGCCUCCCUGGGCCCUCCGGCGCCUCUCCUGUGCUUCCUGCUGUGGGUGUCGGUGGCGCCCCAGCGCUCCGAAAUGUGUCUGGCGUACGUGACGCACGACAGUUUCUUCUACUACUCGUGCAGCCAGGAGCCGCACGCGUGCAGUGCGGCGUCACUGGCAGCCUGCCGCUGCAGGAGCAUCCCGCUGUCAACUCUGCAGCCCCCUUUGGCGACGCCCUACUCCUCGUCAGUGUUCCGCAUGCGCCGCCUGACCGUGUGGUACACGUCGCCCUGGAACACCGCCCGCCUGCUCAACAACUCAGAGGUGCACCACCUCACCCUGAUGGACUGCAGCGGCGGACCCACGCCCUCUCUGGAGGGACACUUCACAGUGCAGCACCUGGAGCAACUGAGCAUUAUCGACUUCCCGCAAAUGACCCAAACCAAGAUGGAGUCCGAGAGCGACAACGACCUCCAUUUUGACGUCGACAGGUGGAAGUGGCGGGCCGCGUCCCAAGUGCAGGACAUCUUCCUGGGCCGUGAGUUGGGGGCGGCGUUCCACGAGCAGGCCCGGCUUGGCGUUAUCCACGGUUCGGUGCUGCGGGGCGGCGCGGCGGGCGUCAAGGUGUACACGGUGCAGACGCAUAUCGACAGCGAUGGCACGCUGCCAUUCCCUGACCUGCGGCUGCCCAAACUGCCGGUAACGUCCGUCAUCUACGUCAGCUUCGUGUACAGGAGGGAGCAGCACGAGGACUGAACUCACACAAUGCAACUACCACACCAUAACUGUAACAUACUGACAUAAUAAACACUCAUGAAGCAACACCUAAGAAUCCUACUCAUUAUGCAUUGUCCAAGCAAGAAUCCUGUUGAUUUUCAAGGAUCUCUAACCACAGGUGUUGCAGAUGAGCAAUAAUUACUAAUCAAUAAUUUUGGAAUAAGUAUAGGCCCCGGUGCUGUCAGCGAGCACAAAGUCAGAUAUCACAAAUAGGUACAAGUUCACAAUUUUCAAGCAUUCUUGAAAGACCAAGGAUAUUCUUUCAAGUACUGAGCAAGAACUCUAUUGAUUUCGAAAUAUAUCAAUAUAACACCAGGGGUUAUUGCUAGCAAAAGAGAAAAAUGUACAUGUUCCUUCUACUUAAACCUGAAGCCAUCUUCAGACCAAUGACUCUUUAUUUAUUCACUUUAGUUAUUUUUA